CUUUGACUAAACUGUACCUACUUUUUAUUGUCCAGUUACCGGUACUGCAAAAACAAGCCAUAUCCAAAAUCUCGGUUCUGCCGUGGUGUCCCUGAUCCGAAGAUCAGAAUCUAUGACUUGGGUCGUAAGAAAGCAAAUGUGGACGAUUUCCCUCUCUGCAUUCACAUGGUCUCGGACGAGUAUGAACAAUUGUCGGGAGAAGCGUUAGAAGCUGCGCGUAUUUGUGCAAACAAAUACAUGGUGAAAAAUGUUGGCAAGGAUUCGUUCCACAUCAGGAUUCGACUUCAUCCAUUCCACGUACUUCGCAUCAACAAAAUGUUGUCGUGUGCUGGAGCUGAUAGGUAAUGGUGUUGUGUAUGUUUACCCAAAUGUGAUUUUUGUAAUUAUGACAAUGAGAGACAUGUACUGUAGUGUGUACUGACUUUGAUGGUUCAGGCCCCGUUUACACUAUACCAGAUUACUUUUUGUACUGGAUUAAUUUUUACAAGUAAAAAAACAAGGGUGUUUACACUAUGCCGCUUCGCUCUGUUGCCUGCUCAUGUCUUUCACUGUCACCAUGGAAUCAGUAAAUUUUUUGCCAAUAUACCGGUACUAAAAUUUAUUAAAAACAAGAAGUAACACAUGUUUUCUUUGUCGUUGCGUACCGGAUUACUGUGGCGUAGUUUAAACAGCAACCGAAUCCGGUAUGAAAAUUGCUAUGCUCUGAUGCAAUCCGGUAUAGUGUAAACGGGGCCUCGGAGAUGCCAAAAUUUAUGGGUAUCCAGAAGUGGAAUAAUGGAUUCUCAGAUGACACCACCAUUUUUGUUUACAUCGUUUAAAUCCAGUAUUUCAUUUUCAAAUGCAUUUUUAUGCGGAAAUUUUAUAUGAAAACUAGUAUACAAAAUCGUAUGUGAACAUCGAUUACAUAUGUUAACAGUCAAUUUAGUACAGAGCGUACAACCUCGUACAGCAUUUCUGAUUUAUUUUUAAGCCCUGAUUGUCACCCAACUCUUCAAUAUUUUUUUCCAAAUAGGCUCCAGACUGGUAUGCGUGGUGCGUUUGGUAAGCCACUUGGAACUGUUGCUCGAGUGAAUAUCGGACAAACUAUUCUGUCCAUUCGAUCAAAGCCACAACACCAAGCUGCUUGUAUUGAAGCUUUCAGGCGUGCUAAGAUGAAAUUCCCUGGACGUCAAAAGGUUUGUUGUUAUAAGUUACUAUAGUUUCCCUCUUGGGCUAGGGUGAUGUGGUUUCGUAAAAUAACCGAAACCGAGAAUCGUCACAAAAUAACCGAGAUAACCGACUCUUUUAAUCAAUGAAAUUAUUUUGACAAAAAUAAACAACAUGUCUUGUGUGUUAUCCAUGUGACGUCUUUGCAGACGUCCGCCUUUCUCUUAGCUAAUCAAACCGGAAGCUUUAAGCUUGUUUUGAUCCGCUUUUAAUCCGCCAUUUGAGUCGCAGCACUUUUCUAGGCUUCUAGCAUUGAUUUAAAUCGCGUAAUCACCAAAGAGUAUAACAUAGCUUGCUUAUAGUUUUAUGUUGAUCACAUGUAGCACGCUUGUUUGUCUUUUUAUUUUGAAUUUUAUAUUUUGAAUCGGUUUUUCGGUUAGUCGGUUAUCUGAUAUUUAGAAGACUCGUGAAACCGAUCUGUAAAAAUAACCGAUUCAUCUCGGUUAACCGAAUAACCGCAUCACCCUAUCUUGGGCAUUAAAAUAUGCAAGUGCAUGGGCUCCUUUUGAAUUAAAUUGGCAUUCUAAUAACACUUAGCUCCCAAAACCUAAAUAUGAUGCAUUUUACAGACGUAUUUUGAAGUUAUAAAUUUUGCUUGCAGGCACUAAAAAUAUUAAGGUUAGCACUAUUUUCCAUCCGGCAAACCGCCCUAUCGAUUUUCUAAAGUUUUUUUUUUUAUUUUGUUGUAAUUAUAAAUUCGGUUAGGGUUAGAGUAGGGGUAGGGUUUGGGUUAGUUACAUAGCCAUUUAACACAUCUUCCGAAAAUGACGUCAGGUCAGUUUGCUGGAUGGAAAAUAGUGCUAACCAAAUAUUAAUGACUUCUGUUCCUCCAGAAUGCUUAAUUUAAACUAGUUAACACAAUCUUUUUAUGUCAAUACAGCAUCUUUCUAAUUUAAAGUUAUAAGUCCAUUGUAUAGAUCAAUGGAUUAAGAAGAAAAACUUGUUGCUAAUUUAGAAGUCACCAGCUAGCAAAAAUGCCGGUAACAGCAGACUGCCGGCUGUAUGUUAAGCCCUGAAUUGUGUUUUUGUUUUAGAUCUUCAUCUCAAAAAAGUGGGGUUUCACAAAGUUCAGCAAGGCAGAUUAUGAGAAAGGAAGAGCUGAUGGCUCGAUCCUUCCCUAUGGUGUUCAUGCCCAAUACAUUCCUAACCACGGCCCUUUGGCAGCUUGGAAGAAAAGAGUGGCUGCCUGAACUGAAAAAUAAUAAUAUUGCUAUCUUACUAUUGUUUUAAGUUGGUGGUAUUAAACUUGAUAUUCA